ACAGAUCUGAGGAUCGUUCUUCUGGGUAAAACUGGAUCUGGAAAGAGUGCUUCAGGAAACACAGUCUUGGGCAGAGAUGAAUUCACAGUGAAAAACUCUCUGAUGUCAGCUUCAAUGACUUGUCUUGAGAAGAAAGAAACAAUUGUUGAUGGACAAAGUGUAUCAGUUACUGACUGUCCUGGCUUGUUCGACACUUCAGUCAGUAAUAAAGAACUACAGACUUUAAUAGAGAAGUGUAUACAUCUGUCUGCUCCUGGUCCUCAUGUCUUCUUGCUGGUUUUGAGAUUAGGUGUAAAAUUCACAGAAGAGGAGAAAAACGCUGUAAAAUGGAUUCAGGAGAACUUUGGAGAACAUGCUGUAAAAUACACCAUUGUUCUGUUCACUCACGCUGACGAACUGGAUGGUAAACCUGUAGAGCUCUACAUCAGCAAAAGCACUGAGCUACAACAGUUAAUUCAGACCUGCUAUGGCAGAUAUCAUGCAUUCAACAAUGAGGAGAGAGAUAACCGAGAUCAGGUCAUAGAACUGCUGAAAAUGAUCGAAAAAAUGAUCAUUUUUAAUGGAGGAAAUCCCUACACCAAUGACAUGUAUAAAGCAGCCCAAGAAAAGAUUAAGAGGAAGUAG